GCCGUCAGCUUCUUCCGCUCCGAUCGUUUACUCGAGCCCUAACCCUAACCCUAACCCUAAUAUCAGAGCUCCAACGAAGAAGAGAAUUCGAGGCAGCGAUGGAGCUGAAUUCGAGCCAUCCCACAUACGAUCGACGCUCGGCGCUGAGGAACAGAGCACCCCCCGUUCGAUGGUUCAAAGAAUGGUCCGCCUUCCGCCGGAGAACCGAUUUGGCGGCGACUGGUGGGAAAUGCUCUCUUCUCAAGUGGGUCACAGAGGAUACACUAAAGGCUCUGAAAGAGAAGACUAUGGAAGCUGAACAAAGAGAUUUGGAACCUGAACCAACAACUGAAGUGCUUUUCCUUUGCAGUUAUGAAGGCUGUGGGAAGACAUUUAUAGAUGCAGGGGCUUUAAGGAAGCAUGCUCAUAUACAUGGCGAGAGGCAAUACAUUUGCACUUAUGAGGGUUGUGGAAGGAAAUUCUUGGAUAGUUCCAAGUUGAAAAGGCAUUAUCUCAUUCACACAGGAGAGAGGGAUUUUGUAUGCCCUCAUGAAGGCUGUGGUAAGGCCUUCUCCUUGGACUUCAACUUAAGGGCACAUAUGAAAACACAUUCAUUGGAGAACUAUCAUAUUUGCCCUCAUAAAGAAUGUGGAAAGAAAUACACACAUGAAUGCAAAUUAAGAACUCACAUUAAGAUGCAGCAUGAAAAGAACACAGCAACAGAUGUAGCAAAACACACCCCUCCAGGAACUAAGAUCCAGAGUACACCGAAGAUCCCUGCGUCAGCUUACGGGUCAGCUUCCUCUGAUCGUCCGUAUGUAUGUCCUUAUGAAGGCUGCGGCAAAGACUACAUUCAUGAGUACAAACUGAACCUUCACUUGAGGAGGGAGCAUCCCGGCCAUAAUUCAGAAGAAAACGGCAAACAUACUGCCGCAGCUGCCACGACUGAUCAUGACAUGGAUGAAGCCAGUGAUCAAGAUGCAUAUAUCGCGAAACCCACCAGUGUUAAGAACUCAAAAAGAAAGCCAUCUGCAGUACAGAAGGCGCUGCCAACAAAAGUCGCAAAUCAGAGAGGCGCCAUGACAUCAACACCUCCUACGACAGCUGCGCCCGCCACUAAGAAACAAUGGCCAAGUCAACCGAUGUACGAGGAGGAGGAUAGUGAGGAAACAGAAGAAGAACAAGACAAUGGCGAGGAAGGGUGGAGGUACCAAGAGGCCAUUGGAGAUGAUGAAGAGACUGAGGAUGAAGAUUGAGAUGCUCUACAGGAGCUAAACAAUGGCAGGGCCUUUUUCUUA